AUGGCUACAUCAGAAAAGACCGAGGGUGGGUACUUCACCUCAGAGGAUGUGGAUGCAGCUCCUGCAAACAUCAACAGCGUCUUGGUCAAUCCCUUCAUUGGAAUGCGACACGAGAAAAUGGACGAGCUCAUAGAAGCAUUCAUAAAUAAAACAAAGAUCGAAGAUAUAUACCAUGAAGUGAUACGAAAAGGAGCGUACUUGGCUCAGGACGGUGAGGCAUUCGGAGGGCCGCGCACAGAUAGCCUUCGUCUCAAGCCAGAAGAGAUUGAAGCCCUCAGACGAGAAGACCCCAAGACCGGAAACAAAUGGGAUCAGCCGUGGAUACUAUACGCACUGGUCGGAUGUUGCUCCCUCGGAGCAGCUGUGCAGGGCUGGGAUGAGACCGCAGUGAAUGGCGCUCAGUUGUUUUAUUCGUACGCAUUCGGAAUAGGACCCAAGGAUGGGAAAGAUACAGGGAAGGACGCAGGCCUCAGGGGCCUUGUAAACGCCGCCCCGUACUUAUGCUGUGCUGUCCUGGGUUGCUGGCUCACAGAACCUUUGAAUCGAGUAUUGGGAAGGCGAGGAACAAUCUUCGUGACCUGCCUCAUCUCCAGUGCGACCUGUGUAGCACAAGCGUUUACAUCACAAUGGUGGCAUCUAUUCCUCGCCAGGUUCUGCUUGGGCCUUGGAAUUGGACCGAAGAGCGCAACUAUUCCGAUAUAUUCUGCUGAAUGUGUUCCGGCAAAUAUAAGAGGUGGGCUUGUCAUGAUGUGGCAAAUGUGGACGGCAUUUGGUAUCAUGUUGGGAUACAUAGCCGGCGUCAUCUUUCGCAACGUUCUUCAGGGAGAUUCAGGCACAUGCGACAAACACUUAAGCACGGAGACGCUUCUAAGUCUUCAGUGUAGCUUGAACUGGAGGUUGAUGCUCGCCUCUCCCAUGCUACUACCUCUCAUAGCGGCUGCCUACGUCUUCACCCUCCCGGAGUCACCGCGAUGGCUGCUCCUCAAGGCUCGGCAGGGAAAGACUGCCUAUUACGAAAAGGCUUUCCGCUCCCUUUGCAGACUCCGUCAUUCCCGGCUCCAGGCCGCACGGGACCUCUUUCUUAUGCAUCAUCUCCUCGACGGCGAAGAAAAGAUCAAGCAAAACCGUAAUCGAUUUGUGGAAUUAUGGAGUGUUGACCGCAAUCGCAGAGCUCUGGUGGCAUCUUUGACCGUCAUGUUCCUGCAACAGAUCUGUGGAGUGAACGUCAUGGCCUUCUACUCAUCGGAGAUUCUGAGUCCUGUACUUGGCGACAAAGCUGGCCUUCUGGCUUCGAUGGGGUUCGGAAUCCUGAAUUUCUUGUUUGCUCUGCCUGCGGUAUACACAAUAGAUACUUUCGGACGCAGGAAUCUGCUUCUUUGCACGUACCCAUUCUUGGCUUUCUUCCAGCUUCUGACUGCCAUGGGAUUUUUGCUUCCAUCUGGGAGUCACAGCCGAACGGGGCUAGUGUUGACCGGGAUGUACCUCUUCAGCGUUUUCUACAGCCCAGGGCAAGGUCCCGUACCAUUCGUGUACUCUGCCGAAUCAAUGCCAUUGUACGUCAGAGAUCUAGGUAUGUCAAUGGCCACCGCGACUCUUUGGUUUUUCAACUUCCUACUGGCCGUCACAUUCCCGAGGUUCCAGUAUUCCUUUGGCAACACGGGUGCUUUUGGCUAUUAUGCAGCUUGGUGUGUUGUAGGAUGGUUCAUGAUAUUAUUUCUUGUGCCCGAGACGAAGAAUUUGACUCUCGAACAAUUGGACGCACGAUUCAACAUUCCGACCAAGACGCAUGCACGCUGGGCUGUGAAAGAGGUGGUCUUUGUCGUCGAGCACUAUCUCCUUGGGCGGAAAGGGGCAAGCAGACCAGUCCUGAGUGUGCCGACGGAAAGUGAGGCCGAAAUGGACAAGCGCAGGCUUCCACCGCGAAAAUUGUCGAUGGAAAUCGAACAACGAGAGAUUCCGGAUACCGAGGCUUGA